AUGGAUCUGAUUUUGUCCGCCGGUAACAACAGUGAAAUUAAAUUGAAGUUAGCCAAUCGUCUGUACGUCCAGGAGAACUAUCGUCCGCUUGAUGAUUAUUUGUCAACUUUGAAAAAGUUUUAUUCAGCGAAAAUCGAAACUGUCGAUUUCGUGAACGCUAAGACAGCUGUGGAGAGCAUUAAUAAGUGGGUCGAAGAACAGACGAACAAUUUGAUCAGGGAUUUAUUGAGUAUAAACGACAUCAAUCCUGACACUCGUUUGGUUUUGGUGAAUUGCAUCUAUUUCAAAGGCAACUGGGUGAACAAGUUUGACAAUACACAAACGGACGAAAAGGCGAUAUUCACGUCAGAUGAUCAAACUCAGUCAGAAAUCGCGCUCAUGUAUCAAAAGAAAAAGUAUAAUUACGCUGACAAUCAGACACUCAAUGCUCAAAUCGCUCAUAUUCCUUACAAAAGUGUUGAUAAGAAUAGUACUCGGUUCGUUUUCACUGUCAUUCUCCCGAAACGGGGAGUGAAAUUGACCGAUGUUGAAGGAAAACUGGAAGACAAGCAGGUGUUGAAGCAAGCGCUGAGCAAUACACAACAGAACGAACUGGAUUUCUAUUUGCCCAAAUUUAGAAUGGAAUGUCAAUUUGAUUUGAACUCAACCCUAAUGCACUUAGGGAUGACAGAUGCAUUCAGUCAAAGGGAUGCUGAUUUUACUGGUAUUGAGUCUAGUAAACAAUUGAGCAUCAGUAAAGUGAUUCACAAAGCGUACAUUGACGUCAACGAGGAAGGUUCAGAAGCAGCUGCAGCAACAUCGGUGAUAAUGAUGAGGUGUGCAGUGAUGCGUUCUGAAACAGUCGAGUUCAAAUGUGAUCGACCAUUUUUGUUCUUUAUUCGUGAAGCGAAUCGUGAUAUUCCUCUGUUUAUGGGAAAAUAUUCGAAGCCACCAUCAUAA